ACGCCGCCCCCCGGCGGCCCGGCCCCGGCGCCCCGAGCACUGACAGCCUGCCCGAGAUGGCGUCGCGGCGGCUGCGGCGGCUGCGGCCCUGGCUGGUGGCCCAGGUGGAGAGCGGGCAGUUCGCGGGGCUGGCGUGGGACGACGCGGGGCGGACGGCCAUCCGCAUCCCCUGGCAGCACGGCGGGAAGGGGGGCGCGCGGGGCGGCGCCGGCGCCGCGCUCUGCCAGGCUUGGGCGGAGUUCAAGGGUCGGGUGCGCCCCGGGGACCGGCCCGACCCCGCCGGCUGGAAGACGCGGCUCCGCUGCGCCCUCAACAAGAGCCCCGAGUUCCAGGAGGUGCCCGAACGGUCGCGCCUGGAGGGGCCGCGGCCCUACAAGGUCUAUCGGCUCCUUCCAGCCCCCCAGCAGCGAGGGGGGCAGCCCCCCAGGCGCAGAGCCCCGGAGAGGGAGGAGGAGGUGGAAGUGAGCCCGGCAGCGGGAGGCUGUGGAGGACACCCCCAGCCCCACAGUGCAGCGGCAGCAACCCCCAGCCCCAACGAGGCCUCAGCCAAGGAGUCUCAACCCGAUGGUGGGGGCACUGCCCUGGCUCCUCCAGCCGUGGCCAUCAUGGUGGAUGCCCAGCAGCCCCUUCCCCCUGCCCAAGGGGACGCCGCCUUGGGCCUGCAGCUGUGGCUGGAGGGGGCUCUGGCCUGGAAGGGCUACUUGCCCCCUGGUGACUAUCUGCUGGCUACCCCCGUGCCCCCUGGGACACCCUUGGACCCGCCUGGGCUACUGCCUCGCCUGCUCCUCCUGCCGCCCCCUGAGGAGGCCCCCCCUGAGCUGGGCCGGCUACUGGCUGGGCUACGACCAGGGCUGCUGGUAGCCAGUGCCCAGCACGGGAUCUUCCUCCGGCGGCGGCCUGCAGGGACACUGGCUCCUGCGGGGUGCACGAUUCAUUGCAAUGGCCCCCACAGCCCGGGGGGGCCCCUGCUGGAGGGGCAGCUCGUGCAGCCGUUUGACCCUCAGCGUUUCCAGGAGGAGCUGAGCCAGCACCGCGCUGGGCUGGGCCCCCUCCCCAGGCACCAGGUGACGCUGGCCGUGGGACAGGAGCUGGGCCCCGAUGAUGGGCCGCACAACCGCACCCUGGUCCUGCAGUUCAUGGAGCAAAGGCCCCACUCUGGACACCGUGACCGUGCUGAAUUUGUUUGCUACGUUAUGUACGUGGAGUGCAGGAGCUAUCUUUCUUAAAUUGUUGGAACUCACGGGAUAGUUUCACCACAACAGAGACACAGGAUUGUAAAGAAGAAGAAAGGCUUCCUUGGUACAGCUGGGGUUGGCUGACCACUCACCCUUUCGUCCUCACCUUCCUUCCAUGACGUGACAGCCAACGUUUUGGCAGACGACGGUGCUGCGCCCUGGGUGCCCUUGAGGGUAGAGUCCAGCCAAGAAGAUGAGCACAUCGUUCCUGUCUGCUAUGGGAACAGAGGUGUGUGAGGGAAGCUGUGAGCAGCCCCCAUCCCACGGGAAGCCUGUGUCUUUCUGCCAGAUGCCUCUGAUUUGGCCUCAAGUUGCUCCAGGGGAGGUUGAGAUUGGCGUUGAAGAAUUUGAAGUUGAAUUGGAGUGGAAGAUUGAAGAAGAACUGUUUCCCUGAGAGGGUUGUCAGCCCCUGUGCAGGCUGCCCAGGGAGCUGGAUGAAUCCACAUCCCUGGAGGGAUCCCAAAGCUGUGAAGCUGGGGUGCUGAGGACCAUGGGGUAGUGCUGGGCUUGGCAGGGUGAGGGCAGCGCUUGGAUUGGAUGAUCUUUAAGGUCUUCUCCAACUGAAAUGAUUCUAUGAGUUUUUGACCAACUGGAACUGUCUCAAGAUUGUUCCCAAUGGCACAACUUUGCUGGCUGACAGACUACCCGAGCACAUCUGGAAAUGGCCAUCAAACCUGGGCCUGGGUGCUUUCCUCUUGCCGUAACUGCGCACCGUUGGCUGAAUCUUUCUGGGCUGCAGCCGGGCUGUUUCAGUCUGGGCUGAGCAGACUCACUGCAAACAUCUCGAGAUUGCUCCCACACUGAAAAGGCUCCAAAGGCUGCUGUGAUUUAAAGCCAGCUGACAAUAAGCAAAGCCUGCAGUUGUUCACUGCGCCCCACCUCAGCAGGGCAAGGAGGAGAAUCGGGAGGAAAAGAUGAAGCUUUGUGGGUUGAGAUAAGGAGAGUUUAAUAAAA